CGAAAAAAAUUGUAAAUAAAAUAAUUUUGCAACAAAUUUUGCUGAGUUGUCCUCAUCAUCAUCAUUGGCAGUUUCUGCAGCUCAUCAAGAUUUAACAAAAAAAAAAAAAAAUUAAAUCGAAUGAAAUUUAUGUGAAUCCAUAAACAAUUUGGAGUAUUUUUAGAUUAUCGGCAAUUAAAACUAAGUGACCUUGCUUGCUUGCCUCAAAUAUCGAAACAUCGAAAAAAUCUGGUUUUUCUCCAAAAAAAAACAUUCGUUUCCAUGUGCGUGCUACAAAAAUAAAAGUAAACGACUUUAUUAUCAAUAUUAUUGAAAAACGCGCAGCAGUAAAGGAGAAAGUGGUUAUUUAGCCGCUACUUGUUAUUUUUAUGUUCAUUCAUUGCACUUUCCUUUAUGUCUUUGCGAGGCACAUUAAAUAAACAAUAAGUUCAAGGCAAUUUUGCAGUGAGUGACAAUUAACUGGAAUUCAAUUAGUGAAAUAUUAUUGCGUUUAACAGAAAGUUGGUAAAAGAAAUAAUUGCGAACCGUUUAUUUAGAGAGGAAUAAUAAUUGAGAAAUAACAGAAAAUAAUCACGAGAAGCUAACAGAAUGGCGCAUUUAAGACCGCUUAAGAUCACGACAGUCGGCGACGGAAUGGUUGGCAAAACUUGUCUGCUGAUCACGUACACACAGAAUUCGUUCCCGGAGGAAUAUGUUCCAACAGUAUUUGACAAUCAUGCCACAAAUAUUAUGGUCGAUGGCAAGGAAUAUAAUUUAACGUUAUGGGAUACCGCUGGGCAGGAAGAUUAUGAAAGACUGAGGCCAUUAUCUUAUCCAAAUACUGAUUGCUUCCUAAUAUGUUACUCAAUAUCCAGUAGAGCCUCCUUCGAUAAUGUUUUGUCAAAAUGGUAUCCAGAAGUCAGACAUUUUUCUCCCAAUGUUCCCAUAAUUUUAGUUGGCACCAAGAUGGAUUUACGCGUUCCCAAUUCCGAAAAAUUCGUGACGACAGCUGAAGCAAAAAAGUUGCGAGCCAAAAUUAAAGCUUAUGCCUUGGUAGAAUGUUCUGCGAAGAAAAAGAGUCAUCUCGGGGAAGUUUUUGACGAAGCUGUGCGCGCCGUAGAGAAGAAACCUCGGAGAGUUCGAAGACCGUGUCAAUUCCUGUAGUCCCGCUGUUUGAAUGAAAUCCUCGGAAAUUUUCUGCCAUUUUUUAGUAUUACUUUUGAAAGAAGUGUCGAUAAUUUUUUUUUGUUGUUUACAUGCAAAAUUACAAGCAAUUUGAUCACAUUUUGAGCAAUUUAGAAGGAAAAAAAAAUUAAAAUAUUUAUUAUAUAUUUUUUUUAAAAUACAAGAAAAAAAGAAGAAAAAUAUGAAACAUGAGGUUUCUAAAAUAUUUUUGUUAUAAAAAUUAGUUGUAAACUAGUCAUUUAAUAAAUAAACAGAUACCGUAUGAAAGUGAA